GUAAAUAUUUGUCUAAAAAGCAUAAUUUUUCGGUAUCGUGGUUUCGUCAAUGGCUGGUAUCAUUUCCGGGACGAAACAAAAGUGCCAACAACAGGAUCGCUGAUGUGACCACACGUUGACAGCUAAAACGACCCACCUCUUGGCGUUGCCCUUCGUCAACGGAAAAACGAGCGGGAAACUGUAAAAAAUAGGCACAUUAUCCGAUGCCCAAAGUGAAUGUGAUGGUGUGGUUUGAUGUUGUAUGCAAUAUAAAGUGAAAUUAAAUAUUUAAUCUAUUUUGGCGCCGGAAAGCCGGGCCCUAAACAAAAACCAUUCCGGAAACAACGAGCGAAAACAGUGGUGCAUACAUACAUACAUACAUACAUUGUGUGACCCUCCACCGGCGGAAGUGGUUAACAAUACUAUAGUGAAAGUCAUUUAUCAGCUUUUAUUUAUAUGCCGGUUGUUUUCUGCUAUGACAUUACGUAUACGAAAAUCUCGGAACAUUUCACCUGCACACAUACCAGUGAAACGACGGGAAUAAAACAAAGUGGAAAGUGCUUUGAAAAAUCUUGGCAAGCAAGCAGUGAAUUGAGCUUCUUUUUAAAUCUGCAAUCGACAGUUUAUUUUGCUUAAAAGAAUAAAGAAAAUUGUGUGUGUCGAAAACCGAACCAAAAGGCGCCGAAAUUUUCCCGAUCGAUAGCGAGAGUGUGAUAUGAGAACGCCGUCCCAACGGAGCAGCUGAUGAGCCCCACCACGGAACACCACACGGUCGGGGCCCUCCUUCUGAUGCUUCUGGCAACGACGACGAGGGUCUCUACGAACAGCGCAGUCAAAACAGGAACAGUGCCAGCUGUGAACGUGGUGGUAGAAGAACCUGAAUUCACCGAGGUCAUAGAAAACGUAACAGUGCCUGCAGGACGGAAUGUCAAACUGGCGUGCUCCGUCAAGAAUCUAGGAUCCUAUAAAGUGGCGUGGAUGCAUUUCGAGCAGUCCGCCAUCCUAACUGUACAUAACCAUGUGAUAACGCGCAAUCCGCGGAUCAGCGUGACACACGACAAACAUGAUAAGCACAAGACCUGGUUCCUACACAUAUCAAACGUCCAGGAGGAGGACAAGGGACGUUACAUGUGCCAAAUCAAUACAGUAACGGCCAAGACACAGUUUGGCUAUCUACACGUGGUUGUACCACCAAACAUCGACGACUCGCUCAGCUCGAGCGACGUCAUCGUCCGGGAAGGAUCCAACGUGACGUUGAAAUGUCGCGCUACGGGAAGUCCCCACCCGAUGGUCAAGUGGAAGCGGGACGAUAAUUCUAAAAUAGCUAUUAAUAAGUCUUUAAGUGUGCUCGAGUGGGAUGGCGAAUCGGUGGAGAUAUCGAAAAUCUCCCGCCUGGACAUGGGCGCGUACCUCUGCAUUGCAUCCAACGGCGUCCCGCCGACGGUAUCGAAACGGAUUAAAGUCAGCGUUGACUUUCCGCCGAUGCUGUGGAUCCCUCAUCAACUGGUAGGAGUUCCACUCAAUUUUAAUAUCACGCUGGAAUGUUUUACCGAGGCGCAUCCAACGUCACUCAACUACUGGACCCGGGAGGACGGGCACAUGAUUCACGAUUCCAGAAAGUACAGGACAGAAUCGAUGGUGGGCAUGCCUGCCUACAAAACGCACAUGCGACUAAACAUCUUCAACAUUCAGCAGACCGAUUACGGCACUUACAAGUGCGUAGCCAAGAAUCCUCGUGGGGAAACCGACGGGACGAUACGAUUGUACAUAUCCACACCACCGACGACAUCGCCAGGCCCACCGACUACAGAGUUGGUGGACGUUUGGUCCAACAAUGGAAAUGGUCGCAACGACUCAGCUGGAUCACAUCACCACUUCAACGGCCACGGUGGUACUCAGCAUCACCCUAAUUCAUAUUCCGUGCACGUGACUGAUAAAAAUUCUAAAUACUCUUCCAAUUUGAACGAAAUCGACAAGUCCGAGCAGAAAUCUUUCGACUCGAAAGUUAUCUAUUGGUCCAGUGCGAAUGGAAGUAGUAGAAGUAUUUCACAAACUAUCCGCAACAUUCUGUCCAGCAUCGUGAGCGCGACAAUACUAAUUUCGUUAGUAAAAUAUAGCGUUCACUAAUCCGUUAUAAUGUAACAAGGGUCCUUUAGAAAUGGUUCGCAAUGAACAAGAAAAAAACUAUCGCAAAAUGGUUAGUAGCUAGAAAAGGAUAGCUCAACUAAGCAAGCACUCAGAGCACUUCAGCAUUGGCACCUAAUUCAGAAUCUGUGAAACAGAACUAACUAUUGAACUAUAUAGAAAAUAUGUAUAACAGAAAGCAGGGUUGAAAAACAUAUAAACUGAAUUAUUAGGAUUAUGAAACCAUAUACUAGUAAGCAUUUAGUACCACGUACAAUUAUCAAUAAGGGAUUAAAACGGAAACGAGCAUGUUGCGCAGCAAAAACGCUUCUAUGUAAAACACGAUUACGAAAACGUAGCAAAAACCAAUUAUUUCGCAUGCAUGCAUGAUAAUACAAUCAUUCACGGGUACAGUUUCAGCAGCAAAACCCCGAACAGAUUGAUGAGUCGGUAAGUAGAGGUAUGUUUGGAAGGGAAACUACCGCCGCUUUAAAACAAUACCGCAUCAUAAACAUUCGCCUCGACCUAGCAAAAAUAGAUAAUUUGAUUUUGCCUCCCACUCUUCCCGAAGUUGUAGCGCAUUUUUAAUUGUUUCAUCCCUUGGCAUCAUUCAACUUCGAGGGAAUCGCUUCAAAGUCGAGAGAAUAGGAUUUAAAUUUCAUUGACUCGACGGAAACCGGAACAACCGCAACGUACCUAUACUAUGUCUAUGCAUGCGGCAUUUGCGGCUAGAAAAAUAACGACAACAAAGCUUCUGUUUGGUUCAAUUUCAUGCAAAGUGAUUACAGGAUUUUGCUGAGCUGCAACUUUUUUGAUUUUCCCGUCCGUUUUUUUCACCCUAUUCAUCAUAGCUGGAAGCUGCUUACUAAAAAGACAGGAAACAGCGGAAGAUUGAUCGAUUUGAGGUAAUUUCCAGACGGUAGCAUGGGAAGAGUCGAUUGUAGUUGAUUAUCUCGAAGGUGUGAUUAUGCAGAAAUAUAAACAAAUAAAUAAAAAAAAAUCAGUUUAAAUAAGUUGUAUAGUGAACGUUUGGAAGAAGAGCUUAAGUGUUUAUUUGAUCCAUUUUCACGAAUGAAGAGCUUCGGGGGCGUUCAUGGCGGUGUACAUAUAACGUGGUAAUUUUACUAGGCAUACCCCCUGAUACUGAAAAAGUGCGCAAGACUAAGUUCAAAUUUCACCUUCAGCAAAUAUUCCUCAUCACGAGUACUCGAUUUUACGCGAAAAGUGCGGUAGUAAAUGACCACCGUAUUUGGCCGAAUUACAAUGUUUUGUUGCCACGGUAGGAAUAAAAAUAACAGUUGCCUUAAUUCUUCAGACAAUGCACACAACAUAAAAAACUGCUUUUUUGUCGUUCGCUUUGUGCUACAUCGGGCGACACUCUGAGUACCGUGACCGAUUAACGCGAUCCCUAAAUCAAUUCUGCAAAUAGUGAAAUAUACAAGGCUCGCUUGAAACGUGCUGAUAUGGUAUUGGGCCAAUAAUGUGAAUGUUCAUGCUGAAAGAACUUCAUUUUGGAGUAUUAUUGAGAGAGCACUUCGUAAGCAUCCCAAAAUUAUCGACAGUGAGAUGGAGCUGCAAUGAGCGCUGAAGAUGGGAAAGUUGCAUAAGCUUUCAUUUGGGGGUUAAGUGAAAAAUGCGCACAUUAAAAAGAGGAAAACGAAUUGAAUGGAAUAAGAGGUGCAACACGUC